AUGCAACUCCCUCCCGCCCGGUUUCCCAUUUCCACCGCCACGAAACCCCAGUCACGCUGUCCGGCGAUUCCCCUUCCCUCCGCUCGACUCCCUGCUCCCACCACUUCUUCCUUCCGGCGGGUUCCCUUUCCCGUCGCCCUACUCCCCUUCGCAUCGCCCGAACCACAUUCCCGCCGCCCGGUUCCCCUAUCCAGCCUCCGAAAUCCCCUUCCACGCCACCUGAAUCCCCUUCCCGCCGCAUGGAUUCCGGGCGGGCCGCCCGACCGCCCCUUCCCGCCGCUCGAUUCCCCUUGCGCUCCGCCAAAUUCCAAUUCCCGCCGCCUUAAUCCCGCUCCCGCCGCCCGAUUCCCUUUCGCGCCGCCCGCUUCUCCUUUCGCGCCGCCAAAUUCCAGUUCCCGCCGCCGUCCGAUUCCCGUUCCCGCGGCCCGCUUCCCCUUUCCCGCCGCCCGCUGCGCUUCCCGCCGCCCGAUUCCCAUUUUCCGCCGCCAGACAUGCCGUCCCGCCUCCCUGAUCCCUUUUCCGGGCGGCCGACUAUUCGUCCCUCCCGUCCCUCCCGUACCUCCCUUCCCUCCCGUCCCUCCCGUCCCUCCCUUCCCUCCCUUCUCUCCCUUCCCUCCCGUCCCUCCCUUCUCUCCCUUCCCUCCCGUCCCUCCCUUCUCUCCCUUCCCUCCCGUCCCUCCCUUCCCUCCCUUCCCUCCCGUCCCUCCCUUCCCUCCCUUCCCUCCCGUCCCUCCCGUCCCUCCCUUCUCUCACUUCCCGCCUUCUCUCCCUUCCCUCCCGUUCCCUCCCUUCCCUCCCUUCCCUCCCGUCCCUCCCUCCCGUCCCGCCCUCCCUUCCCUCCCUUCCUCUCCCUUCCCUCCCUUCUCUCACUUCCCCUCCCUUCUCUCCCUUCCCUCCCUCUCUCCCUUCCCUCCCGUCCCUCCCUUCUCUCCCUUCCCUCCCGUCCCUCCCUUCCCUCCCUUCUCUCCCUUCCCUCCCUUCUCUCCCUUCCUCCCGUCCCUCCCGUCCCUCCCUUCCCUCCCUUCUCUCCCUUCCCUCCCUUCUCUCCCCGUCCCUCCCUUCUCUCCCUUCCCUCCCUUUCCCUCCCCUCCCUCCCUUGCCUCCCGUCCCUCCCGUCCCUCCCUUCCCUCCCUACUCUCCCGUCCCCCCUUCCCUCCCGUCUCUCUCCCUUCCCUCCCGUCCCUUCCUUCUCUCCCCUUCCCUCCCGUCCCUCCCCUUCUCUCCCUUCCCUCCCUUCUCUCCCUUCCCUCCCUUCCCUCCCGUCCCUCCCGUCCCUCCCUUCUCUCCUUCCCUCCCUUCUCUCCCUUCCCUCCCUUCUCUCCCUUCCCUCCCGUCUCCCUUCCCUCCCUUCUCUCCCUUCCCCUCCCCGUCCCUCCCUUCACUCCCUUCCCUCCCGUCCCUCCCUUCCCUCCUUCUCUCUCCCUUCCCUCCCUUCUCUCCUCCCGUCCCUCCCUUCUCUCCUUCCCUCCCUUUCCCUCCCCUCCCUCCCUUGCCUCCCGUCCCUCCCGUCCCUCCCUUCCCUCCCUUCUCUCUCGGUCCCUCCCUUCCCUCCCGUCUCUCCCUUCCCUCCCGUCCUUCCUUCUCUCCCUUCCCUCCCGUCCCUCCCUUCUCUCCCUUCCCUCCCCCCUCCCUUCCCUCCCCUUCCCUCCCGUCCCUCCCUUCCCUCCAGUCUCCUCCCUUCCCUCCCUUCUCUCCUUCCCUCCCUUCUCUCCCGUCCCUCCCUUCUCUCCCUUCCCUCCCUUUCCCUCCCCUCCCUCCCUUGCCUCCCGUCCCUCCCGUACCUCCCUUCCCUCCCGUCCCUCCGUCCCCUCCCUUCCCUCCCUUCUCUCCCUUCCCUCCCGUCCCUCCCUUCUCUCCCUUCCCUCCCGUCCCUCCCUUCUCUCCCUUCCCUCCCGUCCCUCCCUUCCCUCCCUUCCCUCCCGUCCCUCCCGUCCCUCCCUUCCCUCCCGUCCCUCCCGUCCCUCCCUCUCUCACUUCCCUCCCUUCUCUCUCUCCCUUCCCUCCCUUCUCUCCCUUCCCUCCCGUCCCUCCCUUCCCUCCCACUCCCGUCCCUCCCGUCCCUCCCUUCCCUCCCUCCCCUCCUCUCUCUCCCUUCCCUCCCGUCCCUCCCUUCCCUCCCUUCUCUCCCUUCCCUCCCGUCCCUCCCUUCCCUCCCUUCUCUCCCUUCCCUCCCGUCCCUCCCUUCACUCCCUUCCCUCCCGUCCCUCCCUUCCCUCCCUUCUCUCCCUUCCCUCCCUUCUCUCCCUUCCCUCCCUCCCUUCCCUCCCUCCCUCCCUCCCUCCCUCCCUCCCUCCCUCCCUCCCUUCCCUCCCGUCCCUCCCGUCCCACCCUUCCCUCCCUUCCCUCCCGUCCCUCCCGUCCCUCCCGUCUCUCCCUUCCCUCCCUUCUCUCCCUUCCCUCCCUUCUCUCACUUACCUCCCUUCUCUCGCAUCCACACCAUCGCCACUCGCGCAGUCCCCCCAUGCCACCAGCUCCACUGUCCUGGAGGAGCCAAUCACAGAGAGGUGGCGCUUGCUGAGAGGGGGCGAGAGCACAGCGCCCCUGAUGCCCCGCGAGAGCGCAUGUCAGCACCUCCCAUUUGCCGUCCGGUAUCUCCAUCCCCACCGCCACCUCCCGUCCUGCCACCGGCUGGAAUGCCACGUACCUGAUGAGAAGACGGGGUGGGAUGGGGUGGAGUGUGGAUAG